AUGGCCGUCGCCUUCUUGGCCCCCACCCCACUGUCGCUUGUGGACCCUCUUGUUCUCCGACUGCCAUGGCCGGAGCCGCAAGGCUCAAUCUCCGUUCUUCCAUUCCAUCAUCUCGGAGGAGCAGAAGACGAUGACGACCCAUUCCGCGACAGUACGACUCGCAGGUGUUCGACCCAAGUCUUGA